AUCUUGAUCAACACGGUUUCAGAGUAAAAGAAAAACAAAGCAUGGCAGAGACUAAUAAAACAACAAUCUCAUGUUCUUGUUAUUUAUAAAUUAAUUACAUAAGAAACUUAGGUGAAAGAAACACAAGUUUGUUUCAAUCAGUGAUGGAAGAGUCUUGCCAUUUCAGGGAGUUAACUCCUAGUGCAGUUGAGGACAAUUUGAGUUCAUCCAAUGGUAUUUUAUGGGCUUCCAAUGAGGGACUGAAUGAGAUGAAAAAUGUUCAAUUUUCUAAAGAGACUGGGGGAAUUGACUCACUUUGCCUUGAUUUUGAGUUAUUUCCAGAAAAAGAAGGGUUACUUCUAUCCACUGAUCAACAGAAGGAUCACCAACAACCAUCAUAUGAACAAUUAGAUAACCUCAGGUUUGACAUGGUUUCUUCACCACAUCAAAAUCAAGUGGAGGGUGUCAUGAAAUUUGAUGAAAAUUUUCCAACCAAGUUUCGAUACCCUGGAAAGAACAAGCAAUACACAACUCCUUUAGCGCCAGUUGAGAUCUUGAAGAAAUAUGGCAAGGGCUUCAAGAGGUUAUGUGAUGAAGGAAAAAUCCUGCAUCCAGUUGUUGAUUCUUCUGCUGUGAUCACAAAUGAUGAUGGGAGGAUGAAGCUUUCAACUGAAGAUGUCAUGAGGGUAGCUGGAACAAGGGCCAUCCAAUCAGCUUCAGAAUCACCAGGUUUGGACCUCUUGGUUACUCACCCUUUUGGCUUUUCAUUCUCUGAACUCUAUGCUGAAGAGAAAGAGGAUGUGGCACUUGCUGAAUCACUCUUGUCUUGUGCUGAGAAAGUUGGCUACCAACAGUUUGAACGGGCAAGAAAAUUGCUCAGUCAUUGCAAAUCUUUCUCUUCCAAGACAGCUAGUCCUGUAAAACGUGUUGUUCAUUAUUUUGCUGAAGCUCUUCACCAUAGGAUAGAUAAAGAAACAGGGAGAGUUUCAUCCAAGGAAAUGCAAGAGAUGAAACCAUUUGAUCCUGAAGUGUUAAGCAAAGGUACUCUAAACCCCACUGUUUAUGCAUUUUAUAAAGUGCUUCCUUUCGUUCAGGUUACCAUGUUCACAGCAGUGCAAGCUAUCAUAGAGAAUGUAACUGAGGCAAAAAAGAUUCACUUGAUAGAUCUUGAAAUCAGAAAGGGUGCACAAUGGACUACCCUGAUGCAUGCCCUUGAAUCAAGACAUGACUGUCCAGUUGAGCUUCUUAAGAUAACAGCUGUUGGAAGUGGAACCACAUCAAGGCGUGAAAUUGAGGACACUGGUGAGAGUUUGAAGGACUAUGCUCAUAGCUUGAACAUACCCUUCUCUUUCAGUGUAGUUAUGGUAUCAGAAAUGCUUAGUGUAGAUCAGUUUGAAAUAGACCCUGAGGAAACAGUUGCAGUUUACUCUCAGUUUGCUAUUAGAAGCAAGAUUCUACAAUCAGAACAGCUUGAAUCUAUCAUGAGGGUGGUUAGAACCAUUAGGCCUGUUGUGAUGGUGGUGGCUGAAAUUGAAGCUAAUCACAAUUCAACAUCAUUUGUGAAACGCUUCAUCGAAGCUCUUUUUUACUUCAGUGCAUUCUUUGAUUGUUUAGAGGCUUGUAUGAAACAUGAUGAACAGAACAGGAUGAUGAUAGAAUCACUGUUUGGUCAUGGAAUCAGGAACAUUGUGGCUGCAGAAGGAGCAGAAAGAAAGCAUAGAAAUGUUACAAUUGAUGUGUGGAGGGAAUUUUUCUCUCGGUUUGGGAUGGAGGAGACUGAAUUGAGCAGGGUGUCUUUGUACCAAGCGGAUUUGGUGGCUAAGAGGUUUCCUUGUGGAAGUUGCAGCACAUUUAAUAUGAACGGGCAUUGCCUUCUCGUUGGGUGGAAGGGAACGCCGAUUAGCUCAGUUUCUGUGUGGAAAUUCACCUAAUGGAAAACGGUCCCCAUGGUUAGACCAUAAAAAGUACAACUACAAAUAUCACUUGUUUUUCAAUUGAUCAGUCCAUGUUGUAUAAUGAUCAUCAUUUGAAUAUGCAAUAUAAAAGAAAAAAACAUUAUUUUGAGUAAA